AUGGCUGAUUCUGAUUCUCAAAAAACACAAACACCUGAUUAUGAAAUUCAAAAAGCACAAUUAUCCGGUAAAUUGAGAUGUAUACAACAAUUAUUAAAAGAUAAAACCGAUCAAAACACACAAUUACAAACAAAUUAUAAUGCUCUUCUUGAAAAAAUAACUGAUUUGACACCUACAAUAAACGCUGCUAUAAAAAAAUCAAUAGAAGAUUCACGACCUUUAUUUGAAGAAGCUUUAAAAAAAAUUUUAUCGGAAAAUUUAAAUAAUGAAAUUAAUGAACUUAAAGAUAUCAUAAAUAAAAUUGAUAACGAAAAAUUAAAAAAACCGAUUAACAAAAAAGCAGAAUCAAUAGAAAAAAAAAAUCGAUAA